AUGGCAUCUGGGAAGCUCAUUAUAAAUAUAGGGUUAGUGAUAAUAGGUCUGAGUCUAUGGAGUAAUAUUGGGGUUGGAUCUGCACAACAAGUACCUUGCUACUUUAUUUUUGGAGACUCUUUGGUGGAUAAUGGGAACAACAACCAGCUCAACUCAUUAGCCAAAGCUAAUUACCUCCCUUAUGGGAUUGACUUCUCUGCUGGCCCAACUGGAAGGUUUUCCAAUGGGAAAACUACUGUUGAUGUUGUUGCUGAGCUUUUGGGGUUCAACGGUUACAUAAGUCCCUAUGCAACAGCUAGAGGCCGAGCCAUCCUUAAUGGAGUUAAUUAUGCAUCUGCAGCUGCCGGCAUUAGAGAGGAAACAGGACAGCAACUGGGUGAUCGUAUCAGUUUUAGAGGGCAGGUGCAAAAUUACCAAAGAACGGUGUCCCAGAUUGUGAAUUUACUGGGAGAUGAGAAUACUGCUAAAAAUUACCUUAGCAAGUGCAUCUAUUCAAUUGGAUUGGGUAGCAAUGAUUACCUAAACAACUAUUUCAUGCCUUUAGUCUAUUCCAGCAGCAGGCAGUUCACACCACAGCAGUACGCUAAUGUUCUUAUUCAAGCAUAUGCUCAACAACUCAGGAUUUUGUACAACUAUGGGGCAAGGAAAAUGGCGUUAUUUGGAGUUGGUCAAAUAGGUUGCAGCCCUAAUGCAUUGGCCCAAAACAGCCCAGAUGGUAGAACAUGUGUGGGAAGAAUCAAUUCUGCAAACCAAUUAUUCAACAACGGAUUGAGAGCUCUUGUUGAUCAAUUCAACAACCAGUUUCCUGAUGCCAGAUUCAUCUAUGUAAAUGUUUAUGGUAUCUUUCAAGAUAUCAUAACCAACCCAUCUUCCUUUGGGUUUAGAGUGACAAACGCUGGAUGCUGUGGGGUGGGAAGGAACAAUGGUCAAAUUACAUGUCUGCCGCUGCAACCCCCAUGCAGGAACAGGAAGGAGUACGUGUUUUGGGAUGCAUUUCAUCCAACUGAGUCUGCCAAUGCUAUCAUUGCUAGGAGAGCUUACAAUGCUCAAUCUGCAUCAGAUGCUUAUCCUAUUGACAUCAAUCGCUUAGCUCAGAUCUAA